AUGUCAGUUUUUCGAAAUUUACUGCUGCAAUGCAACAUCUUCCUGAUACUGGGACAGCUAACGGCCAACGAACAUUCGGAGAAGGUUUUUAAGAAAGAUAUAAAAGGUAUGCUUUAUGUCGACUCCUUUGCCGAAAACCUUACCAAUAGUAGCUUUUAUCCUCACAUUGGUUGUUUAUUUAGUUAUUUGUUCGUCUUCAUGUUUGUUAUUUUCACUUGUCUGCCAAAUAUUUUCGCACCCAUGUAAGGUAACAACCCCAGCCGAAUUAGGCAUUUUUAAUCUAUAGUAUAUCUUUUAUUGGUAAGUAUCGCAAUAGCCUAUAUUUAAUAAUUAUUGAAUGAGGUUGAGCGUGAUAUGAAAAAUGAUCAAAGCGGAAAUUUGUGUUAACAACCGAAGCCGAAAGUGGAUAUUGAUAACCCGAACUGAGGCCGAGAUGAUUCUUCAUAUCAUGCAAGAAUCGAAUUCAAUAAUGGUUGUAUUAUUUGUUUAAAAGAUAAAAACGACAUCUACACCUGCAUGCAGGUUUAAAACCGUGGAAAUAAUCAUCAUGCAGUUCGUUUUUCCGUUCCGAAAAUAUUUCCCUAUAAAAUUUGCUUCCGACUCCGAAGGUGCUGGUGUUUCCAUAUUUUGUAUACGUAUGUUCACAGCAUAAUGUCAUCAAAUGUAUAUAUGAUUUUUUCAUAUCAACGAUAUAACGUCCCUGAGUUUAAUAUUAUUUCAAAACUCCAAAUUUGUCCAGCUUUUUUGUCAACAACUGACAACUCCACAGUCGGUUGCUAGCCAAUAUUAUUCAUUAUCAAUAAAUAUUACGUGACACUGUUUCCAGACGGUUAAAUAAAUUAUUGUUAAUAUUUUACUGGCGACUUGAUAAAAUGAAAAUAUUGUAACAACUUGUUGACAUUCAAGCUUGACGAAAUAAGAAGUUUCAAGCUUGCAGGGAAUCAUUUUGCUGACAAAAUCAGAGGCGAGAUAUUGCAUUACGUGUAACUGAUUACUUACUCGUUGAAUGGCUGGUUGGUUGUUUGUUGGUUGGUUAUAUCGUUGGUGUAUUUGUACCGUUGGUUGAUUGGUUGCUUAAUGACUACUAUGAUUAUUUUAAUAGUUCCAUCGUUGACAUUGGCAGAUAUUAUAUCCACUCACAAUGUCCGUUCUGACAUCGAGUGUUCAUUCAACUGUCUUAAAGACCAAACAUGUGUUGGAUUUAAAUACAAAUCUGGUACAAAUACUCCACCAGUAAACUGUCAACUCAGCAACACUACAGGCAAAAACAACACGGCAAUGACUAAUGAUCAAGGCUGGGUGUUUUUCAUCGAUGUUGAACAUAUCCCGGUACGUUGA